GCAGCCGCAUCGCCGGUGGAGGAGCGCGCGGCCGCGAGCGCAGGAGGGAGGGCGGGCAGGAAGAGGGAGGCGGGCGGGCAGCCGGGCGCCGAGGUCGGGGAGCGAGGCUGCGAGCGGGCGGCGAGAGCCCGGCAGGCGCUGCGCACAGGGUCUGCAGCCCGGUCUUCUGGAAGGGGGCGGCCGUCGAGCCGGCCGAGGAGAAGCGGGCGCCGGCGGCGUCGGUGCUAGCGCCUGGGGGCGGGGGACCGGAGAGGCGCGCAGGGGGGUCGCUGCGGUGCUUCUCGGGCUUGUCGCGCUCUCCUCGCCGCGCUCCCGGCUCGGGGGGCUCCUCCCGGCGUCGCCCUCGCCUCUGGGGCCCCGCUCCCCGCCCCCCGCGGUAUGUCUUGAUCCCGAGCGGCGGGUUUCAUGGGGCUCCUCAGGAUUAUGAUGCCGCCCAAGUUGCAGCUGCUGGCGGUGGUGGCCUUCGCGGUGGCGAUGCUCUUCUUGGAGAACCAGAUCCAGAAGCUGGAGGAGUCCCUGUCGAAGCUAGAAAGGGCAAUUGCAAGACAUGAGGUUCGAGAAAUUGAACAGCGACAUACAAUGGAUGGCCCUCGGCAAGAUACAACCUUUGAUGAGGAAGAAGACAUGGUGAUCAUUUACAACAGAGUUCCAAAAACUGCGAGUACCUCGUUUACCAACAUCGCCUAUGACUUAUGUGCAAAGAAUAGGUACCAUGUCCUUCACAUCAACACUACCAAAAAUAACCCAGUGAUGUCACUGCAAGAUCAGGUACGCUUUGUAAAGAACAUAACUUCCUGGAAAGAGAUGAAACCAGGUUUUUAUCAUGGACAUGUGUCUUAUUUGGAUUUUGCAAAAUUUGGUGUAAAGAAGAAGCCGAUUUACAUUAAUGUCAUAAGGGAUCCUAUUGAGAGAUUAGUUUCCUACUAUUACUUUCUGAGAUUUGGAGAUGAUUAUAGACCAGGACUAAGGAGACGAAAACAGGGAGACAAAAAGACCUUUGAUGAGUGUGUAGCCGAGGGCGGCUCCGACUGUGCUCCAGAGAAGCUCUGGCUUCAAAUCCCGUUCUUCUGUGGCCACAGCUCAGAAUGCUGGAAUGUGGGAAGCAGGUGGGCUAUGGAUCAAGCCAAGUACAACCUAGUCAAUGAGUAUUUCCUGGUGGGAGUCACUGAAGAGCUGGAAGACUUCAUCAUGUUACUGGAGGCAGCUUUACCCCGAUUUUUCAGGGGCGCUACAGAACUCUAUCGUACAGUAGGAAAGAAAUCUCACCUUAGGAAAACCACAGAGAAGAAACUCCCCACUAAACAAACUAUUGCCAAACUACAGCAGUCUGACAUUUGGAAAAUGGAGAAUGAGUUCUACGAGUUUGCACUGGAGCAGUUCCAGUUCAUCAGAGCCCAUGCCGUUCGGGAAAAAGAUGGAGAUCUCUACGUCCUCGCACAGAACUUUUUUUAUGAAAAGAUUUACCCCAAGUCAAACUGAAUCCCAGGAGUGACUUAGAUUCUUGAAUAGAACUCUGACCCUGAUUUCACCUUCAUUCUCGCUCUGCAACCAGAGAUUGCUGACCCUGUAGACGGCAGUUUGUGUUGAGCUGAGUUUGGAAGGGGUAAUAAUACCAGGGAGGUAGUGUCUGUAUGGUAGAGGAUUUAUGUUUCAAGCAUUUUUCCUUUUUCUGGAUAAAUUUUGGUGAGAAUUAUGACCCUCCUUCCUAAGGUGGGAGAAACAAACCGUGUUAUCACCGAAAAUAAACACAAGCAGAUCUAGUCCAAAGGCUAAAUACAAUUUCAGAAAAGGGUCUGAUAUUCUGGGUUUUGGCAAAGCAUUUUUUUCAACUACCCAUGAAUGAAGGUUGAUCCAUUUGACACUAAGGCCUGCGCUGGCAGUUCGGGUUAGACACCUCUACUGAAUAGUGUUAAUAACUGUUGGGCAGUGUGUGCUUUGUUGCUGCAAAUCAUGUCUCUUGAAACUUGUUGGAAUGUGGGAUCACGUUUGCUAAGAUAUGUUUCUGCUUGUAGUUGGAUUUACCCAUUUUAUGUAGGUGGUUUUAAUUUUUUUAAAUAAUCAUUAGUAUGAAAUAACAGCUCAAACCAUGAAUAAUGCUAUAAGAAGAUAAGAGUCAAGGCAGUAUUACUUAUUUCCGUCUCCCCAAUAUUUAUUAUUGGGAAUAAACCUUAAAGAACAUCGGUAUUAUCUGAAAUUUUAGCUAAAACUUAAACACAUUAACAUCAAAAAAGGCAGUGUACUGUUUGUUUCUCCAUGGGUUAUUUGUAAAGCUGUAAACUGAGCUAUCAAGGCCUCCUCUUAGGACUCCAUUGGUGAGCUGUGGUGUGGGGCGGGUUUUCCUACUUCUGUACUUUUACCUGUAGACUAUUUUUAAUAAGGUGCUUUAUAAUGUGUUUUAAAGCAUUGCAUUUAUGGGCAAAAAAAAAGAGGAAAAUGCUGUAAAUAGUGCAUAUUUUAUGUAUUUGGACCAAAAGGUUACAAAUAAUCAGACAAAAGUGAUUUUGCACCUGUUUUAUUAUGUCAACUAAAACCAUCAGACUUACUGUCCUUUUAUUUCUCAUUUAACUUUAAUGUUAAGACAUCAGUGAAAUGAACUUCAAUCACCUUUCGAUUUUGAUACACAAUACAUUACUCAUCUCUGGAGGUAGUAGUUGUAGUGGAAGGAGCACAGGACAAGAAGUCGAAACACUUGACUUCCAGUCUCUGCUCUGCCACUUACCAGCUGUGUGACCAUGGGCAAGUCCCUUAACCUCUCGUUGCCUCAACUUCCUCAUCUUGAAAUGAGGCUGAUAAAACCUGCUGUACCUACCUCACAGGGCUGUUGUGAGGCUGGAUGAGAGGACACGUGAAGCACUGUGGAACUGCAAAGCAGUGAGAGAGAAAAGGUGUUGUAGAGACAUCUGUAACACGUGGGGUCGAACUUUUUUUUAGCAAAGGAAAGUCCAUUUGGGGUUGGAAAAAAAAAAGUUAAUUUGACAUAAAGUUGUGUUUAAUAAGUGUCUUCUCAGUGUUUCACCUUCCAUUUUCAACAACUACUGAGCUGUGAAAGCCCCGUGAGCUCCCGGUCCCCGAGCAGCUGCCAAGUUCCCUGUCGUCGGUGGCCUGCUUGGCUGAUCUGGGACAGGAAAGUCUCGCUCUGCAGAGUUGACUGAUUUUUUUUUUUCUGUUUUUGUUUUCUAAUAUCAUUCAGAAAUGACAGCUGUUUUAUACCUGUGCUUUUUAAGGUGUAUUUUCCAGGGGUUAAAGUUCCCUGUGCGUUCUUCUCCUUCUUAAAGUAAAAGAGAGAAAGAAUUUUAAGAACACUUUUCUAAAAGAACAAUCUUUAAUAUGUUUAGCUUACAUAACUGUUUCUAAAGGCUUCCCCACACUGUAAGUC